AAAGAAGCUGCAACACCUUUCGAACCUUUGGACUCACACCAUUGAUACCUCUGAUCCUGAUGACAUGCCAAUUUGGGUUCCGCAGGUUGGUCUCUACUCAUCUCUUUUAAUCUUGAAGACUUCAAAAUAUACCUGGAUCUACCAUCUUUUUUGAAAACUGCAAUACCAAGCAAUCAAUGACCCACCGUGCUCUUGUCAUAAUAUAGAAGCUUUUCAGUUCUCCAACUCUAAACAAGAUUUUCCCCCAUUUUCCCAUGAAGCCACAUUGUUGUUUAUUCACUUUAGUGGUGAGUGUUACUGUGCCAGCUGCUUUUGCUUUGGAAGAUGUAGGCUUCAACCAAAUGACCCCGCUGGGAGCAAAUCAUAGUUCUUCCAAUGCAUCAUUUCUCCCAAGUUUUGAACUCUCAGCAGAUUCCCACUCAGGUGAUGAUGUCAUCAUAGCCAGAGAGGGAACUAGUGUUUCAAUUGAGUGUCUUCUCACAGUCGACCACUAUGAAGGUGUCUAUUGGUACAACUCAAAAGGACAGCAGCUGGAUAACAGAGGCAGAGGUGGAAAAUGGUUGGUUUCUGAUAACUUCCUGAAUAUCACCAACGUAGCCUUUGCUGACCGUGGGCUUUAUACAUGUUUUAUCACCUCUCCGAUCCGUGCCUCCUACUCGGUCACCCUGCGUGUUAUCUUCACCUCGGGAGACAUGAGUGUCUACUACAUGGUUGUUUGCCUGAUUGCCUUUACAAUCACUCUCAUCUUGAAUGUCACACGGCUGUGCAUGAUGAGCAGCCAUCUUCGUAAAACUGAGAAAGCCAUCAAUGAAUUCUUCCGAACUGAAGGGGCAGAGAAACUUCAGAAGGCCUUUGAGAUCGCAAAGCGCAUCCCCAUCAUCACCUCAGCCAAGACUCUGGAGCUCGCCAAAGUCACACAGUUUAAAACCAUGGAGUUUGCUCGUUAUAUUGAAGAACUGGCAAGAAGCGUCCCUCUGCCACCCCUUAUUCUAAACUGUCGGGCCUUUGUAGAGGAGAUGUUUGAGGCUGUGCGAGUGGAUGACCCUGAUGACAUGGGAGAAAGAAUUAAAGAGAGACCUGCCUUGAAUGGUCAAGAUGGCAUCUUUGUCAUUAACCCAGAGAUGGGCCGGAGUAAUUCACCAGGAGGAGAUUCGGAUGAUGGUUCCCUGAGUGAACAAGGCCAGGAGAUAGCAGUUCAGGUUUCUGUCCACCUUCAGUCAGAGACCAAAAGUAUUGAUACAGAUUCUCAAGACAGCAGUCAUUUCAGCCCACCUGAUGAUACAGGAUCUGCUGAAUUGAACUCUAACUACAAAGAUGGGGCAUAUGAAAGCUGCCAGCUGUGAGCUACCCCAGUACCUACAAAAAUGGCUCUCAGAAAAGGAACCUGUUUCAUGCAGGAAAUAACAUUUUUACCAAAAGAUAAGUAGGACUUUACCCUUGCUAAUAUUAAGCACAUCAGAACAUGAAUUGUUACCAAAAUCUUUCUAAAAAUUCAGUGUUUUCCCUAUCUGAUCUUUCUCAGUCAUUUACUGUGAGCUUGAUUAAAUGACACAUGUUGAGAUUUAAAGGAGCCUGAGACAUCAGCAUAAUGGGGAAAGUACCACACCCAGAAUUACAUGGCUUCUCUUCUGGUCACGGUUCUUCCAUUGUGAGGGCCGACACUUAUCUUUAGGCCUCAGUUUUCCCACUAACAAGAUGAGGGAUUUGCACUGGUUGAUAUCUAAAGUCAUUUCUGGCCCUCUAACUUCUUGCCUGCCACCUUUAAACCAAAAGAAUCUUCAGCCCAUUUCUGAAUAAAUGCUUCCCUAGACUUUUGAGUCCCUUUUUAUGGAAAGGACCAAGCUGAAACUUUUUUCUGUGAUUUGGAUUCCCACACCAAUGCUAUGCAUAGAGGUGUGGGUGUUUUUCAGAUGUCUUGCUGGUGGAGCAUACAGUUGUAUAUGCUAGGUUGAAUGACUCCAGUGUAGCCCAUGUCUAUAUCAUUGUACAGAUACCAGGGAGCUAACGGCUCAUUAGUAAGCUACUUUCCAUGAGUAAAUUGGAAGUUGUGGGGGUGUAUCAUGUCUUUUUAACUUACUGAGGCAUCAUUUAGCUCAUUGAGCCAGCAGUGAUUUCCCAACUGUUCUCCAAAAGUGAACAGUUCGUUCCUAAAGAAUAAUGUCUUCAUUGUUUUUAGAAUAAGAAACAAUGUCAAAUCUUCUGUGUCUGGUAAAUUAAUGGAUUUUGACGUUUCUGUUCAUAGAAUUUCUCAGGCUUUCCCUGUUUAAAAGUACUGGACUCUAUGAGAUGGUUCUGUGUUUGGGAUCCCAUUCCAGGAGAAAACCUACAGCUGAAUUCCUCUUUAGACCUCUGUCAACACUCUUGCCCUCUGUGGUCUUAAAUACGGUGCUAAAGGUUGCAUGCCUCCUUAUCUUGUUCGUCUUGUUUAUAUUUUAUUGUUGAGGUUUUUAUUUUUGUGUACUUCAGGUGUAGAAUUUUGAGCUAGGGCUGCUUUUGUGGCCUUUCCGAGAAGCACUAACCUGAAAUAAGAUUCGAUAAUGGUGUGUGGUGUGUGUUACUAUAUUAAAUAUAUAGAUACUAAUACGGAUGGAUAUAUAUACACACAGAUGAUCUAGACAUAAAGAGGGAGAAAAAUUAUGAGGGAUGCCACCUGAUUCAACUGUGUAUAAUAAACGCUUAGGACAGUAUUUCUUGCCUGGCUGAGAUCUGAUAUAAUGGAAUUGUACAUACUCUUCAGAAUAAUUUCUUCAGCUACAGUAAGCUUGGCGUCAUAUAAUUUUAAGAACUUGGCAGUGGAGCUCCAUGUGCUUCACGUUUCUUCAUUUGGCUUCUGAUUACUGAAGCAUUACUUGAACAGAGGUUCCUGAGGGAAAUGUUCGGGGGAGGUUUUUAUCAGGAUUUUAAUUUAAGGUUUCAAAUGGAGGAAGGCAGGAAAUUCCAAGUGUGACCAGAUAGAACUCCUUUCUCCUUUGUGAAGGCUUAUCAGAAGUAAUACAUCUGCUCUGGAUAGCAUGAAUGAAUCGUGCAGUUUUAUCAGAUGGCAUUACAGAUAAUGAUAACGCUGCUUUUUCUGUCUCUCAGGCUGUUUCCAUGGAAACCUCCAGAGCCAAACAAAAGUUACCCGUCAUUUAGCCAAAGCUUGUCUUGGCUCAUAGACCUGUAUUUCUUUAAAGAACACUGUUUUCAUACAUUUGGCUAUGAGAGCAAGGGCUCUUGAACAUGCCCUAGAUUAUAGAACACUUUUUCCCUUCCCAGAAUGUUUCUCUUGAAAAUGUAAAAAAUUUUAAAAUCCCUUGUCUGAGGUCUGUCCCCUGAAUGUCCCUCAGAUCUUUAGAUAGCACCUUGCAACCUGUCCCAAUAUAGCAGGUUUGGGGUCAUUUUUAGAAUGUAGCUUGUCACAUUAAAGAGAAUGGAUUUACCCCACAUGUUCUCAUAACAGACAUGGGUGUUUGGGACCUUAAUGUAGACAUAUUUAACGAUCAAAGUCCUGAGAAACAGGGCUUUGGAAAAAUACAAGAAAUAUUGGGAAAAAAAUAAGUUUGCACAAUACUAUAUAACAAGUAUAGGCUACUCCAGUGUAUCCUAGAUAAAUCACUUUGGAAAUGUAAUGGUGACUUAAUUUGGUGGCCAAAGUAACUGAAUUACUUUGAGUAUUCCAGGUUAAGGUGCCACUGAUAAGGAAUUAAAGUAGGUCAAAAUUUAAGUGGAGCUGGUAUUAACUUUCUAAAUCUAGUAGUUCAGAGGAAGAAAACCACACUCACUAACAUUUUCUGUAGCUAAUCAAAUACUCUUCAUAUAUUAUUUAUACUCAUGUUAUCUUUUUGUAAAAUCCUUAACCUUUUGAACUUAAACUCCAGUCUAAUAGUCUUUUGACAAUAGUGGUAGUGUAAUUAUCCUUCUGUCUUGCUAGAUUUUGUGGUUAGUGAAAAUGCCUUUACUCAACAAACUGUAUUUGAAAUAGUUCUGUCAUCUCAUUUACAAAUUUUGUCUUGUAUUGUGAUUUAAUGAACCUUACUGUCCUUAUGAAAUGAAAUGGUGGCUUUGUGAAAUAAAUUUACCAAAAAUAGACAUGUGAACAUUUUUAGAGAUUCCUUACCAGCUGAAAUCAGACAGACAGCCAUCUUUUGAGCUGAUACCACAACUAGUUUAUAGGCAGUUUGAUAAGCCUGUCCUCAAAUUCGCAUCUGUUCUGAUAGUUUAGUUCUUGAGUCUGGCCCAGUGAGCAUUUAUAUUUCCUACCAACUACCUUGAUACAAAUAUCUUGGGAGUUGCUGACCUGGAAUGGUUGUGAGAAGGCUCCCGGCUUCUUCACCUCUCUUACCACGUAUUUUAAAGUCGAAAUACCCAGCUUCCCUUUUGUCCUCCAGCCACAGUGAACCCCUUGGCACAGUCCUCUCCACGCCCUGCAUGUAGUUUCACCCUAAAUCAGACUUUGUAUUCUGUGUCACAGAGCAGCAUGGGAGCGUGAAUGCUUGUUUUCCAGGGCCAGGCCAGUCACGGGUGCUAGCCUUGCCUCCGCACACCAGCUGCGGUAACACAAGUAUAUAAGAUUUCCUGAAUCACCAUUAAGAGAACACAGUCUUGUCACCUAGGCCAGCAAUGUUAAAAGUGCUAAGCCUUAUGCAUAAACUCCUAGGCUCUCAACACGUUUCAUAAAAGUAAAUGAGUUGUUUAAUAUGGUUCAGAUGAUGUUUAAAUGGUUACCAUGUUAAUGAAUACUUACAUUAUAACUUUGUCAUUUUUUUAAAAAAAGUUGUACUUGAAUGUAAUGUAUUAAAUGUUCAAUGGAGUAUAUUUCAUUUGUCUCAAGUCUUCUAUAGAGAUACAUUCAUUUUUAUGUGUCGUGGAAUUUGAUGUUAAUGAUUUUAAACAGGAGAAAAUUUAAAGUCUCUUUGGUUUCUACUAUGGCUACCCGUUUGAAUUUUACAAAUAUUUACUAAGCAUCUAUAUGUUUUUGGUGCUAUAAGCCAUACUGAGAUAGGUGUCCUGCCCACAGUUUGCCAUGAGAACGCAGGUGCCAGAUCAUCCUCACUAGGCCUAAAUAAGCAGUUUCCCACUUCUCAGGUAAAGUAUUCCUAGGAAAGGCAGAGCUUGAGCAAAGCCUAGAGAUAGGAAGAUUUAGCACAUGUUUUAGGGAAUCUGAUCAGUUUGUAAAGUUUGUGAUAAGGUGUGGCAUUGGGAGGAAUAGCAGCGGUAGAAGCAAAUGUCUGCAGUCCCAUGGGUGUGAAAGCAGGCAUGGAAAAGCACAGGAUCUCAGGAGACAGACAAAGAGAACAAGUAGAGGUGCAGCUCUUUACUUAAUUGCCGCAGACUCCUUAGAGUGAACACCAACCCCUGUCUCCCUGUGGCAAAAGAUCACUGGACUUGGAAUCCUGACUCUACCAACUAGCCGUGUAACAUUGGAACUCAGCCUCCCUGGACUUAAGUAAAGUGGAGUUGAUAACACCUACCUCACAAAAUGUGAGGGUUAAAUAUAGUGACAUGUAAGCAAACACUGUGCAAGCUGUAAUGUGCAAUAUAGUGUGAGGGGCUGGUAAUCACGUAGCCGUGGUGUUAGCUUUGUUAGCAGCCAUGUCCAGCUGAUGACUGGUUGCAUUUGGACUCAACUAAAACUUCCUCCAGAUCUCUCCCAGUUACAACUGCAUUUGGCUGCAUGCCAUGGAAACCCGAUUGUGGUGGCCUACCCAAAUAAGAGGUUUAUUUUUCUCAAAUAACAAGAAGUCCAGAGAAAGUCAGUCUGAGGCUGAUGCAGGGGCCCAAGUUUGGCAUCAGGGGCUCCAUUCAAGUCUUUUUCAUCAGAGAACUUCUAGAUUCCUUUCUGCCCUUAGCAUGUGGCCUUCAUCUGCAUAGUCGCAAGAUGUCUUAGAUUGGGUUCCCCCAGGAGUCCCUGAGACAAGAAUUCAUGUGCAAGCAGUUUAUUUGGAAGGUGGACCCAGGAGGGUAGGAGAGUAGGGAAGUGAGAUG